AUGACAAAGAAUUUUGAGGAAUAUCUCAUACAAUCUCUGCAUUUUAUCGAGGAGAGGACUGAACCCCAAGAGAGGAGGAAGAUGUUGCUGCUCCAGGUUAUUUUUCUGUUUUCCUCCAGCCUUUCUGUGGCCCAGGCAUGGGGAGGAUGGAAUUUCCAGAAUGACAGGGUCCAGAGACUUGAAGCCCUAGGGAUCCAAGAGGAAAAGAACUUGUUGGUUCUCACAGCAACAACGCUGCCCAGAGUGCUGAAUGAGACUCGGUUUCUGAUGGUGGAGUUCUAUAAUCCUCUAUCAAAACAAUCCCAAAAUCUGAUAAAGGAAAUGGGCAAAGCAGUGGAUAUAAUGGGGAAAGAAAAAACUGGAGUCCUAUUUGGCAAAGUGAACAUCACUUCCGAGAAGUUGUUGGAGCAAGAAUUUGCAAUCAAAAAUGUCCCCACGGUGAAGCUUUUUGUUGAAGGUCAAAGACAGCAACCUAUUGAUUGCAGAGGUGUUAUUGAAGCUGCAGCCCUUGUUGCAUGGUUGCGGAAUCAAAUUAGACUCAGCGUUGUGUUGCUCAUGAGCCGAGAGCAGACAAAGACUUUUAUCAACUCGAAGAAACUGUCUGUCAUUGGUUUCUUUGAGGAUCUCCAAGAGGGAACAGUGGAACUCUUCUAUGAACUAGUAAAAGACUUUCCAGAAGUUCCUUUUGGACUGACAGAACAAAGAAAUGUUUGGAUUCUAUAUGGUAUCACCAUUGACACUAUGGUAGUAUUCCAACAGGGAACAAUUGUGCAUUUUGAAGAAUGUGAAGAAGACAGACACAUCUUGAGAGACCUCAGUCAAAUAGUCAAAUUCUUCACUAUGGACUUGGUUAUAGAGUACAAUAUAGAGACAAUGGACCAGAUUUAUGAUAUGCACAUCAGGAAUCAUAUCCUGCUAUUCAUCUCUAAGAACUCUACAGAAUUUGGGGCCUUAGUUAAAACUUUUGAAUCUGUGGCUCAGGAGUUCAAGAACAAGCUUAUUUUUCUCAUGGUGAAUACUGAUCAAGUUGACAACACCCAUGUUUUAGAAUAUUUCCAGAUCACUUCCUGGGACAUUCCUGGUGUUCGAAUUCUAAAUCUGACCAAGAACACGAGAUAUAGAAUGCCUGCUGAGGAAAUUACCUUCAAAAACAUGAAAAAGUUCUGUAAUAACUUCUUGGAUGGGCUUGCAAAGCAACAAUUACCCAGCGAGAAUAUUCCCAAAGAUUGGGAUACUAAGCCCGUCAAGGUGCUUGUGGGCAAGAACUUCAAGGAGGUUGUCUUUAGCCAUAAAAGGAAUGUGUUUGUAAUGUUCUAUGCUCCAUGGUCUUAUAAAUGCAAGUCUCUGCUCCCAGUAUUAGAGGAGCUAGGCAAGAAAUACCAGUAUCAUGAAUCUGUCACCAUUGCAAAAAUUGACAUUACUGCCAAUGACAUUCAUCAGACAUUCCUGGAAAAGUACCCAUUCUUCAAAUUCUUUCCAGCUAAAUCUGAUUUGGUUGUACCAUAUAAUGGCGAAUAUACCCUGAAUGCCUUUAUUGACUUUGUGGAAAAAGAAAUCAAGUCCCAAAUGGAAUUAGAGGAGUGGUCUUUUGAGGAAGAAGAGUCUGAUGAAAAAGAGGACCUUUCUCUUCAAGAUUGGAAGAAAACCAAGGAAGAAUUGUGAUCCUCCUGAAGAACAGGAAGAUAGAUGUUUAUCAUUUACAAGCCACGGGGCACAUAGGACUACUAUAUUUUGAGUAAUAAUAUUGUAAAAGGAAAAUAAUAAAACCUCAGAAUAAAAUAUCCAUGCUUUA